CAAAGGGCCUUUGAGGCUGAGCAACCCGCCCUUCAAAACACCUCCUCCCCGCAGGCUUUAAUAUGCUGGCGGCGAGGCUAGCAGCUUCGAGGGGCUUCGGACAGAACAGAAACCGGUAUCAGAGUCCCUAGCAACCCAUCCCUUCUGCCCGCACGUUUUGGGGGCUGGAAUCUGGCCCAGCCUGUCCCAGCAGCCAAGUCAGGCCUGGGCCAGCUCCGCCCCGAGCAGCAGCUGGACGGCCACACCCUGUGCCGAGCUGGGUUCCUGUGAGCCAGAAGCCUCGCCCCCCGACGACGUUCCGGAGUCUCUGCGGCUGCCGCCCCACCCAGCCAGGCCUCGCCACCCCGAUCGCGCUCGGCCCCCCGCAGCCCGCGGUGACUUCCCCGGGACCAUGCUGCGCUGGCUGCGGUCCUUCGUGCUGCCUACGGCCGCCUGCCAGGACGCGGAGCCGCCCACGCGCUAUGAGACGCUCUUCCGGGCACUGGACCGCAAUGGGGACGGCGUGGUGGACAUCGGAGAGUUGCAGCAGGGGCUGCAGAGCCUGGGCAUCCCACUGGGCCAGGACGCGGAGGAGAAAAUUUUUGUUACUGGUGACAUCAACAAAGAUGGAAAGCUGGAUUUUGAAGAAUUUAUGAAAUAUCUGAAAGACCAUGAGAAGAAAAUGAAGUUGGCAUUUAAAAGUUUGGACAAGAAUAAUGAUGGGAAAAUCGAGCCUUCCGAAAUUGUCCAGUCUCUCCAGAUGCUGGGUUUGCAUAUUUCUGAAAAGCAAGCAGAGCUGAUUCUCCAAAGCAUCGACUCUGAUGGGACAAUGACAGUGGACUGGAAUGAAUGGAGAGACUACUUCUUAUUUAACCCUGUUACAGACAUUGAAGAAAUUAUCCGUUUCUGGAAACACUCUACUGGCAUCGACAUAGGGGAUAGCUUAACUAUUCCGGAUGAAUUCACAGAAGAUGAGAAAAAAUCAGGACAGUGGUGGCGGCAGCUGCUGGCCGGAGGUGUGGCUGGCGCGGUCUCUAGAACGAGCACAGCACCUUUGGAUCGUCUCAAGGUCAUGAUGCAGGUUCAUGGUUCCAAAUCAAUGAAUAUAUUAGGAGGCUUUCGGCAGAUGGUAAAGGAAGGAGGAAUCCGUUCCCUUUGGAGAGGAAAUGGCACAAAUGUCAUUAAAAUCGCUCCUGAGACAGCUGUUAAGUUCUGGGCUUAUGAACAGUACAAGAAGUUGCUGACUGGGGAAGGACAAAAGUUAGGAACCUUUGAGCGGUUUGUUUCUGGUUCCAUGGCUGGAGCAACUGCGCAGACUUUUAUUUAUCCCAUGGAGGUUCUGAAAACCCGGCUAGCGGUAGCCAAAACCGGACAAUACUCUGGAAUAUAUGGAUGUGCUAAGAAUAUUUUGAAACAGGAAGGCUUUGGGGCUUUCUACAAAGGCUAUGUGCCCAACUUACUGGGCAUCAUUCCUUAUGCAGGCAUCGAUCUCGCUGUGUAUGAGCUUUUGAAGACUUAUUGGCUGGAUAACUUUGCCAAAGACUCUGUCAACCCUGGUGUGGUGGUACUGCUGAGCUGUGGGGCUCUGUCCAGCACCUGCGGGCAACUGGCCAGUUACCCCCUGGCUUUGGUGAGGACUCGCAUGCAGGCACAAGCCAUGGUGGAAGGGGCCCCGCAGCUGAGCAUGGUUGGCCUUUUUCAGCGAAUCAUCUCCAAAGAAGGAGUGCCAGGACUCUACAGAGGCAUCACCCCAAACUUCAUGAAGGUGCUCCCUGCCGUUGGCAUCAGCUAUGUGGUGUAUGAAAAUAUGAAGCAGACACUAGGAGUAGCUCAGAAGUGACACGGCCAAGUCUUCUUUCCCGUGAUGACCAAAGCUGUUAGCGCUCUCCGCUGACUUCCGGGGCGGCAGCAAGUCCAUUGCAAAAGAAGCUGUUGUUCCCCCAGCCAAAGGGAAAAGAAUCUGCAGCCACUUCAAGCAUUUGGGCUCGGUUUUGUAUCCUCAGUAAUGCUCAAAAACAUAGGUUCAAGACGUGUUGCAGAAGCCACAAAAUUGUACUUUAUGUUUGCUGAUAAAGACCUGUGCCUUGCACCCUACAUCUGAAAAUGUACUUGCUUAAGAUGAAAUCAUUUGGUGUGGUAGAAUUAUAAAUCACCAAUCUUUGUUCUAAUUGGUUCAGGUUUAUGUCAACUUGUUUAUGCCCAAUUUUUUUAACAAAAUGAUCAGAAAGCCUUGGGACUUAAAUUGUUAUAUAUAUUUUGGAAGUCUUUAUAGAUGUAAAAUUCCCCUAUAGGAACAUUAGUAGAAAAAAAUCACCGUAUUUAAAAUCAAUCUUGCACAGUUUAUAUCCUCAUUUGUAAGCAGAAUAAGAAUGAAUUAUAGUAGCCAAACUUGUGUAUAGAGGGGCAAUGAGAUAAUAUUUAUUACAGUAUACACUCUUUCUGUUCUACUUGCAUUGCUAUUUGGUCCCCAGUUUUAGACAUUGAUUGUCAUCUGUUGUUAAAUUACUGAGUCAAGUUAUUUGGUAGACCCUAUGUGUUCCCCCAUUGCUUUCUAAAGCAUCAGUGAACAAAACUGUUGACUUGUACCAUUUUCCAGAGAGUGUCUUGGUUUUGUUCAUUUUUUUAAACUCUUUGAAUCAAAUUCUCUAAAUCAAGAAGGCUCCCUGGGACCUUCAUAGAAAUCUGAAAUUGCUCUUUUCAUGACUCAAGUGUUGAUUUCAGGUAAAUGACACCUUCGUCCCACUCUUAUUUAAGUCUGUGGAACCUGUGCUUCCCAGAAGGGGUGGGGUGAAGCUAAGACACCAGCAUGUCCCAACAGUACUAUAUGUCCAUCUUCUGUAUGUGAAUGAGAGGCGCAGUCUCUAAGCAUACGCGCCCAUCUGCCUUUUCACUUGCCUCAAGGUUCAGGACGAGGCCAAGAAAUUUGUAAUAUCACAGCACCCACAACUUCCACUAAAGCUGAUUUUGUAAUCAACUCUCUCUUAGGAUUUGUUUUAUUAGAGCUUAGAAAAAUGUUAUUUCUUAUAUAAGAAGAUAUUUGAUAUUUUUAGCUAUGCAGUGGUUCCACACACCAGAGGUGGGUGAAUCUCUGAGUUCAAGGCCAGACUGGUUUAUAGAGAGAGUGAGUUCCAGGACAGCCAUGGCUACCCAGAGAAACCCUGCCUCAAAAAAAUCACAUAUUCUUACAUUUUAAGAUUUAGUCCAUAGACUCACUUGGUUUCUGAUCAUUUCUGUUAUAAUUGCUUUCUGAAAAAUCCAGUGAAAUGGGAAUCUUUGACUUUAGCCUACCUCUUGUAUUUUUUGAACCAAAGAGAAAAGAUGGAUUUGUGUUUAUGAAACUUAUUCUACAGUGCAGUUUGGUUUGUAUUGCCGACGCCUGCUGUAGUCUCAGCAUUUUUAUACUAUGUGAGGAGAGGAGGACGCUCUCCUUUAUCUUCAGGGAUGUUGUACUUUUGAAUAAUACACAGAAGGACAAUAUUAUGGUACAGGAGUCAUUCCUUUUUAACUCAUAACAAUUAUGAAAAUGAAUAAUUCUGUUAAUGUCUUUGGAAUUUCAAGCUGAUGAAAAUACUCACAGCUCGUUAUGAAAUUAAAGUGCCCCCCACUGAACAUGUGCAAAGUGUCACUGAUUUAUCUGUGCAUCUUGUAUCUUUUGGGAGAAAGGCCUCUCCCUGAAGACAGCUUAUUUCUGCCUUCGCUACAUAGUUACUGCUCAUUUGUAUUAAAGGUAUCUGUCUGUUUGUAAAA